GGUGAUUUUUACAUUAGCCGUACUUUUUGUGACCAUACAAUGUGGCCGAGUUAGUUUAUAUAAUGAUGGCCUUGAAUUAGCAACAAAUGGAAAUGCAGAGCCAAAGCAUUGAUCAAUCCGAAGUAUUCCAUAAUUGACAAAAUAAAGGAGUUUUUCAAUUGGCCACAAACGGAUUUCGACGCCGUUCCGAAUGAAAGAAGGAAUUAUCCGCCGAAAAUCAAUUGGAGAAAAGAUCGAUGGGGUCCGUACGUUAGAAAGGAUGAUUAUUUGGAUAGCAACAAAUUCGAAUGCCAGAUGAUGGAAACGAUGACUACGACGAAUAUGACUACGAAGGUGAUGGCUAUGAAAAUAGGAACAAUCCAUAUGGCCAGAACCCACUAUAUAAACAAGAAUCGCCUCAAUCAAAAUAUCCACCUGGCCAUUGGAAUCAGCCCUUCUAUGUAAUCAUUUCAAGGAAGGCCGAAAAUAACCACGAAACCCUUCAAUCCCAUUUUUGUGAAUAAUCAUUUGAACCAAACUUAUUUUCGGUGUAUUAUAUUUAUAAAUUUUUACAUGAAAAUAUUUCCAAAGUUUCAAGUGUUUUUUGUAUUAUUAUUUUUUGUAAGUAGACUUAUGUCAAUAGUUCAAGUGAGGUACAAAGAAUAUCAACAUCUAGAUUCAUGAAAAAAAAAAUAGACUCAUGUACUAAAUUCUCAUCUAAAUCAAUCUAACCUCUGCCACUUGCAAGCGCAAAAAUUCACUUAAUUUUUCCCCGCAUCAGAAGUACGCACAAAAUUGAUUUUGCAAUUCAGUUAUUUUCCUUUUCAAUAAAUUAUUAUCAAUUCUGUGUAUAAACGAAAAGAAGAAAAUUAAAGUUUCAUUGAUUUCGUUCAAGAAUUUUCAGAUGUUGAAUUGAAUGCCGGUCUAAAAAUGAUCGUCAAUGCAUGUGUAUGCUAAGAUUCAGUUUGACUGCAAUAGACGUAGAUCAACAUCAAUAUUCGAUUAAAUUUUGCUUCGACAGAAAAAUGGAAAAAUUUAAUUGUUUCAAGGCACAUGUACAAUAAAACAAAAACAUUUUGUCCAAACGAAAGCGAUUAUUUCUUGGAAUUUGGUCUAAUCGUUCCUAAUGACUGACUGCUAGUUUCAAUAGCUGCAACAAACUUGAGAACACAGACAUCUGCAGUUUGUGUGAUGCUAUAAAAUGCUUAAUAGUUGACGGUUUUUCGACAUACCUAAAUAUGAUAAUUAACAACUGACAACGACAAAUGACCUGAACCGAGACUAACGUUAAUAACUAAGAUGUACAUCUAAGCUGAGACUGAAUGUAUUAUUAAUACCAGGAUUUUAUUUUUGUUCCUUUUUAGCACGUGAACUGGUGCCGUAAAGUCAUGUUUUAAUUACUUAAGGGUUUAGAUGAUGCUACUUUUUGACUCUACAAUGUUUAGAAUCGCAACGAUUCAAAUUGCUUUAAUUAUUAAUAUACAAGCCCAUCAGCCCAGACAAUGUUGCUGUUCUAAAGCUGUCAAUAUUCAUUAGAUUUUUCUAAUAGCUUUUAUCUGCUUCGUUUGUUCCAUUCUCUGUUGAUUUUUUAACACACAUCGAAUCAUUUAAUCACCGCAAAAUGACACUUUGUGGUCUUGCGUUUGCACAUGAUCCUAAUAAAAAGUAAAUAUUUGCGAAAAUAUUAACGAUGACUUGGAAGAAUGUCAGGGAAAUACGAUACACAUGAGGCGUUUAAAUGCGUCGAUUGAAAUGUUCAAGCUCACAACUGCAUAACGAUCCUGUUUUGCAAACGAAACUGCCAUUGCAAUUUACUUGACCUAAAAUCCAGAUUAAAAUUGACUCGCAAAACAGAAACCCUUAUCAAUUACUCAAACCGAAAAAAAACCCAUCGUAAAAACCCAGCCGACUAUCGUCAUUAACUUGAUCCGUUUGUACCUCUCCUUUUCUUUCUUCGUCUGUUUUUCUCAGAAGUCAGCAGAAAAGAAUAAGACGAAUUAGGUAAUGAGACGAUGCAUAUGUGUACAUGACAUGCAUAUUUUCGGAAAUAGUCUGCUCUUUAUAUAAAGCAAGCCACCGAUUUAGUUUCAAUCAGUUCAAACUUGCAUUCCGAACGAAUCGUUUCAACUUGUGAAAAGUAAAAAAAAACUAGUUCAUUGAAAUGGCGAAAAAUAUUUUGGUGAGUUGAAAAAUGAAACUAUUUUCUAUCGUUUGAAAAUAUCAACUCGAAUCAGAUCGGUCAAGUGAAGUGUUUAUCAACAAUUUCUUAUGUUGUGUUUUCAAUAUUUGUUUUCUUAUCGACAGAUGACCUUCGCAGUUCUAGCUGUUGCUUUCGCAGCGGUUACUUGUGUUCCACAUGGUGGAUACGGACACAGUGGUUCACCUCCUGAACAAUAUAACCCACACGGUUCGUAUGGCAGCCACGGACACAAAGGACCACACGAUGUAGUCAGUUUCCCUGGACACGAUUACGAGCACGGACACGAACACGGACACGGACACAAUACAAUUCAUCGCCCGAUCGAACCUGUUCGUCCAAUUGUAACCCAUAGUCAUAACGAACGUCCAAUUCAACAAGGCGGAUAUGGUGGACAUAAUGGUGGAUUUGGAGGAAAACAAGGCGAAUUCGGCAGUGGAUUGGAUCAUCAGCCAUCUCAUGGUGGUAGUGGAUUCGGCGGGCAUCAAACUUCAAACCCAUCCAAUGGAUUCGGCGGGCAUCAAACUUCAAACCCAUCCAAUGGAUUCGGUGGUGGACACGGUGGUUUCGGCUCUCAUCAAACGAAUAAAGGUGGAUACGGAAGUCAACAUGGAAACGGGUUCGGCUCCGGCUCGAAUCAUAAUGUUCAUCCAUCGAAUCAAGGUGGAUACAGUAGUGGAUACAAAAACAAAGGAUAUUAAUAAUGUUUUUAUUUUUUGAGCUCAUAUACGCUCCAAAUAACUAUGUAACAAAUGAAAAAAAAAAUGUAUAAUAAAAAUUUCGUCUGAGCACGUGAUAAUUUAUAGAAAACAAUAA